AAUAUAGAUCUAGAUCUAGAUCUAAUAACAGAAUACAGCAAGCAAGCAGAGAGGAGAGUGGAUGAACCUGAUCGCAGAACCCUGUGGAUACUAUUCAUCGCCUCCAGAGCUGCUCCAGUCAGUGACAGCCUCCAGCCGCCCACCACCCACUGACAAGACACCCGCCCCACGCCCACAUCAUGCUGCUGUUUCGUAUCGUGCGGCGUAACUUUACGCCGAAGACCUUCAUCCUUCUGACAGUGCUGCUGGUGGGCCUGAUGUGGGCCAACUACCGUCUGGGCGGGCACACACUCUCUUCCGGGACGGGAGGGGGCGGGGGAGGGGGAGGGGGAGGCCACGCCAGGCACGUGGUGCAGCCUGUCUACCGUGACAACGCCACGUCGGAGGUGGCAACCACGCUGCGUGACGUGGGCGGCUGGAAGGUGGGCCAGACGUGUAUGCUGCCGCGGUUAGAGGUGCAGGAUCCCGUCAUGAUGAAGUUCUGGAAGGAGUUUAAGCCGGUCAAGUGUCCGCCCCAGCCCAGGGACUGGGUGCAUGUGGAGAACGGAACCCAUCAGGUUCUCCCAAGACGUGAUAUCUUUGGUGACGAAGAGCUGCGGGACUUCCUGACUCAGAUCCACGCGAGCGGCCAUCUUAACCACACGGUGCUCUUUCUGUUCGGCGACCAUGGGGCGCGCUACUCCAAGGUCAGGGCCACGUGGUCUGGCAAGAUGGAGGAGAGACUGCCUUAUAUGGGCAUCAGGUGA